AUGGGAUUUCUCGCGUUUCCGGAGCAUCUUCUCUUGCUGCUCUGCGCAAACUUCUUCUCUGCAUUCAGCCAUGUAGAAACUCGGGCCCAUGCGGAGGAACGUCUCCUGAAGAAACUCUUCGUUGGAUACAAUAAAUGGUCUCGGCCAGUUGCCAAUAUAUCCGACGUGGUCAUUGUGCGUUUUGGAUUAUCCAUUGCACAGCUGAUCGAUGUUGAUGAAAAGAACCAAAUGAUGACCACCAACGUGUGGGUGAAACAAGAAUGGCAUGAUUAUAAACUACGCUGGGACCCCGAGGAAUACGAGAACGUUACAUCGAUACGAAUCCCCUCUGAGCUCAUUUGGCGGCCAGACAUUGUUCUCUACAACAAUGCAGAUGGGGAUUUUGCGGUCACCCACCUCACCAAAGCUCACCUGUUCUACGAUGGCCGGAUCAAAUGGAUGCCACCAGCCAUCUAUAAAAGCUCCUGCAGCAUCGACGUCACCUUCUUCCCGUUUGAUCAGCAAAACUGCACCAUGAAGUUUGGCUCAUGGACGUAUGACAAGGCCAAGAUAGACUUGGAGAGCAUGCACCGCCACGUGGACCAGCUGGAUUAUUGGGAGAGUGGAGAAUGGGUGAUCAUCAACGCUGUGGGCAACUACAACAUCAAGAAGUAUGAGUGCUGCUCUGAGAUCUACCCCGACAUCACAUAUUCCUUCAUCAUCCGGCGCCUCCCGCUGUUCUACACCAUUAACUUAAUCAUCCCUUGUCUACUGAUCUCCUGCCUGACUGUUCUGGUCUUCUAUCUGCCUUCCGAGUGUGGGGAGAAGAUCACUCUUUGCAUUUCAGUCCUGCUGUCUUUGACGGUCUUCCUUCUCCUCAUCACGGAGAUCAUCCCCUCCACCUCGUUGGUCAUUCCCUUGAUUGGGGAGUACUUGCUCUUCACCAUGAUCUUCGUCACCUUGUCCAUCAUCAUCACAGUCUUUGUGCUCAAUGUCCACCACCGCUCUCCUCGCACCCACACCAUGCCAGAUUGGGUGAGGAAGGUUUUCCUUGAUGUUGUCCCACGCCUUCUCUUCAUGAAACGUCCUUCGACCGUCAAGGAUAACUGCAAGAAGCUCAUUGAGUCCAUGCACAAAAUAGCCAACUCUCAACGGUUUUGGUCAGAGACUGAAGUGGAACCCAACUUCACUACCUCAUCGUCCAACAGCCCUCAGAGCAAUGAGCAGUCUCCCACAUCCUCUUUCUGCACCCACCUUGAUGACCAAGCCAAGCCACAGCCGGUGUGCAAGUCACCAUCAGGCCAGUAUUCCAUGUUGCGUCCAGAGCCUAUUCGGGCGAGCUGCACGUCGCUCCAACCUCCUUGUCACCCACUGGGAGACUCCCAGUCCAGCUCAAUUUCCAAAGGCAGGUCACUAAGUGUCCAGCAGAUGUACAGCAGCCCUGGGAAAGCCGAGGAAGGAACCAUCCGCUGCCGGUCCAGGAGCAUCCAGUAUUGCUACUUGCAAGAGGAGUCCUCCCAGACCAAUGGGCAAUCCAGUGGGUCACCAGCCUCUCCACGGUGCCAUCUCAGUGAGGAGCAGCCCAAAGCCAAACCUACCCACUGCAAAUGCAAAUGCAAGAAAACCGAGUCAGCCAGCGCCUCAGGGCAAGGAAGCAAGACUGUCGCUGCAAAAGACCCGCAGCUCCUGCUGAUGUCUCCUGCCUUGAAGUUGGCUGUGGAAGGUGUCCAUUAUAUUGCAGAUCACUUGAGAGCGGAAGACGCAGAUUUUUCAGUGAAGGAGGACUGGAAGUACGUUGCAAUGGUGAUCGACAGAAUUUUCCUCUGGAUGUUCAUCAUAGUCUGCUUAUUGGGAACUGUAGGGCUUUUCCUCCCACCCUGGCUGGCAGGAAUGAUCUAG